GCCUCCAGAGCAGCCAAUGGGGUGUGGACUGAGGCAUGGACCCAAGACAACCCAGCCUGCACUUAACCCGCCCCCCCCCUUUCUGCUUCCUGGUUUGGGACUGGAAGAGAUACCUCCCCAGCCCCAGGGUCCACAUCCUUCCAGCCACUCCCACCCCAAGACAAAAUCAGCCACCGCAGGGGCCUGGCCUCACUUGCCUGGAAGCCACAGCCAGCCAGCUCCUGUUCUAGCUCCCGGCCCAGCUAUGGCAUCCCUGCUGCCCGUCCAGACCUGGCCCUUGAUCCUGAUUCUGCUGACUGUCCUGGCCCUGGGGGCUGCAGACUUCAACAUCUCAAGCAUCUCUGGUCUGCUGUCCCUGGCACUAACGGAGAGCCUGCUGGUUGCCUUGCCCCCUUGUCACCUCACAGGGGGCAAUGCCACACUCAUGGUCCGGAGAGCCAAUGACAGCCAAGUGGUGAAAUCUAGCUUCGUGGUGCCUCCAUGCCGUGGGCGCAGGGAGCUGGUGAGUGUGGUGGACAGCGGGGCCGGAUUCACAGUCACCCGGCUCAGCGCGUACCAGGUGACAAACCUCGUGCCAGGAACCAAAUACUACAUUUCCUACCUAGUGACGAAGGGGACAUCCACUGAGUCCAGUAGAGAGAUCCCAAUGUCCACACUUCCUCGAAGAAAGGUGGAAUCCAUUGGGCUGGGAAUGGCCCGGACGGGGGGCAUGGUGGUCAUCACAGUGCUGCUGUCUGUCGCCAUGUUCCUGCUGGUGGUGGGCUUCAUCAUCGCGUUGGCCCUGGGCGCCCGGAAGUGAGGAGGCCAGCGCCAGGCAGCAGGCCUCCAUGAGGUCCGCGACCCUGUCCAUUUCCCCAGCCUGUGUGCCCGCCUCCUCUGCUGAAAAGACUACCUGCUCCCAGUCCUCAACCAUGGCUUCUAAGGGGCCUUCACCUCUCCUCCCUGCCCCCUCUCACUGGAGCCUUUCCUCCCUCUGCCCUCCCCUAGAUCCCUGGUGCCUCCCCUCCCCACACUCCCUAUAAUCCCCUCAGCCCACUCCUGUCAGAACUGACGCUCCUCCCACUUGACCUCUUUAAUCUCACCGGCCCCCCCAACAAUUCACCCUUUUGUCAGUGACCGAAAUCCCCUCAAUAAAGUCUG